GUGUUUCCCUAGAGGCAGAGCGCGAGCUUCUUCCCUUCGCGCGCCGUGACGCGGAAAGUGUGUGCCCGCCAUAGCAAUCGCCGCCGCCGCGGUGUGUGCGGGGCCCAGUGCAGGGGCCGGGAGCAGCGGCGGGGACCCAGCGGGGCAUCGGGCAGGCUAAGCCAUGACGUCAGGAUCUGGGCAUGUGGACUCCAAGGCUGAACUCACCGCUUUGCUGGAGCAAUGGGAAAAAGAACAUGGCAGUGGGCAAGACAUGGUCCCUAUCCUCACCAGAAUGUCUGAGUUAAUUGAGAAGGAGACUGAAGAAUACCGCAAGGGGGAUCCGGACCCAUUUGAUGACAGACACCCUGGUCGAGCAGAUCCAGAGUGUAUGCUGGGCCAUCUGCUGAGAAUACUUUUUAAGAAUGACGACUUCAUGAAUGCGCUGGUGAAUGCUUACGUGAUGACAAGCAGGGAACCUCCAUUAAAUACUGCUGCCUGCCGACUCCUUCUGGACAUCAUGCCAGGACUGGAAACUGCCGUUGUCUUUCAGGAAAAGGAAGGCAUAGUUGAAAAUCUAUUUAAGUGGGCCCGAGAGGCGGAUCAGCCAUUGAGGACAUAUGCAACUGGGUUGCUAGGAGGUGCUAUGGAAAACCAAGAUAUUGCUGCCAACUACAGAGAUGAGAACUCUCAACUGGUAGCUUUGGUUCUUCGACGGCUACGGGAGCUACAGGGUAAUGAAAUGACCAUGAAACAGGAAAACAAGCGUCCCAGUCCUCGGAAGCUGCCUUCGGAACCUCUGUUGCCUCUGGAUGAAGAGGCUGUGGAUAUGGACUAUGGGGAGAUGGCAGUAGAUGGGGAACAGGAGGAAGUUGCUGGGGAUAUGGACAUCUCUUUUCAUCUUGAUUCAAGCCACAAGACGAGCAGUCGAGUGAACUCUGCCACAAAGCUUGAGGACAUGGGACUAAGGAAAAGCAAAUCAGGGAAACAGCAUGAAAGAGACAGCUUCCGGAAGGCCAAACAAAAACUGGGCUUCUCUUCUUCAGAGCCAGAGCGGAUGUUUGUUGAGUUAUCCAACAGCAGCUGGUCAGAAAUGUCCCCAUGGGUAAUUGGCACCAACUAUACCCUUUACCCUUUGACUCCUGCCAUAGAACAGAGACUAAUUCUGCAGUACCUGACCCCCUUAGGAGAAUACCAAGAGCUGCUCCCUAUCUUCAUGCAACUUGGAUCAAGAGAGCUGAUGAUGUUCUACAUUGACCUGAAACGGACCAAUGAUGUGCUGCUCACCUUUGAAGCUCUAAAGCAUUUGGCAUCGUUGCUGCUCCACAACAAGUUUGCUACGGAGUUUGUUGCUCAUGGAGGAGUGCAGAAGCUGCUAGAGAUUCCUCGUCCUUCCAUGGCAGCUACAGGGGUCUCCAUGUGCUUAUAUUAUCUAUCCUACAACCAGGAUGCCAUGGAGAGGGUGUGCAUGCAUCCCCAUAACGUGCUGUCGGAUGUUGUGAACUACACCCUGUGGUUGAUGGAAUGCUCCCACGCCUCGGGCUGCUGCCAUGCUACCAUGUUCUUCUCCAUUUGCUUCUCCUUCCGUGCUGUCCUGGAGCUCUUCGAUAGGCAUGAUGGCCUCCGUCGCCUAGUGAACUUGAUCAGCACCUUGGAGAUCUUAAACCUGGAAGACCAGGGAGCCCUCCUGAGUGACGACGAGAUCUUUGCCAGUCGCCAAACUGGGAAGCACACCUGCAUGGCCCUGCGCAGGUACUUUGAAGCUCACCUUGCCAUAAAACUUGAACAGGUGAAGCAGUCGCUCCAGCGCACUGAAGGUGGCAUUCUGGUCCAUCCGCAACCACCAUAUAAGGCCUGUUCCUACACUCAUGAGCAGAUUGUGGAGAUGAUGGAGUUUCUAAUAGAGUAUGGUCCAGCACAGCUCUACUGGGAGCCAGCAGAAGUCUUUCUCAAAUUGUCUUGUGUGCAACUCAUGCUCCAGCUUAUCUCUAUAGCAUGCAACUGGAAGACAUACUAUGCCAGGAAUGACACAGUACGCUAUGCUUUGGAUGUUCUGGCUAUCCUUACUGUGGUUCCUAAAAUCCAGUUGCAGCUGGCAGAGCCUGUAGAUGUGUUGGAUGAAGCGGGAUCUACUGUCUCCACUGUGGGUAUCAGCAUCAUCCUGGGAGUUGCUGAGGGUGAAUUCUUCAUCCAUGAUGCAGAGAUCCAGAAGUCAGCCCUUCAGAUCAUCAUCAACUGUGUGUGUGGCCCAGAUAAUCGGAUCUCCAGUAUCGGCAAAUUCAUCUCGGGAACACCCCGACGAAAGCUCCCCCAGGCACCCAAAAGCAGUGAGCACACACUGGCCAAGAUGUGGAAUGUGGUACAGUCUAACAAUGGUAUCAAAGUGCUGCUGUCAUUGCUGUCUAUAAAGAUGCCAAUUACGGAUGCAGAUCAGAUCCGAGCAUUAGCCUGCAAGGCCUUGGUGGGGCUGUCCCGUAGCAGUACAGUCCGGCAGAUCAUCAGCAAGCUUCCCCUCUUCAGCAGCUGUCAGAUCCAGCAACUGAUGAAGGAGCCUGUGCUCCAGGACAAGCGCAGUGACCAUGUCAAGUUCUGCAAGUAUGCUGCUGAGCUGAUAGAGCGUGUCUCAGGGAAGCCAUUGCUGAUUGGCACAGAUGUCUCCUUGGCUCGGUUGCAGAAAGCGGAUGUGGUGGCCCAGUCAAGGAUCUCAUUUCCUGAAAAGGAGCUGCUGCUUUUGAUUCGGAACCAUCUCAUCUCUAAGGGGCUAGGAGAAACUGCCACUGUCCUCACUAAAGAGGCAGAUCUACCCAUGACUGCGGCAUCUCACUCCUCUGCCUUCACCCCUGUUGCAGCUGCUGCCUCCCCUGUGGCUCUGCCUCGCACACCUCGUAUAGCUAAUGGUAUCUCAGCCCGACUGAGUAGCCAUGCUUCUGUAGGUUCUGCUGCCACCUCUGUCCAUGCUCAGCCAAGGCCUUCUGUAUCCCAGGGUCCACUUGCCCUUCCAGGUCCUUCUUAUGCCAGCAACUCCCCCUUGAUUGGCAGGAUUAGCUUCAUCAGAGAGCGGCCACCACCCUGCAAUGGCAGGAAAAUCAGAGUGCUGAGACAAAAAUCGGACCACGGCGCCUACAGCCAGAGCCCAGCCAUCAAAAAGCAGCUGGACAGACACCUCCCUUCCCCACCCACGCUGGACAGUAUAAUUACAGAGUACCUUAGGGAGCAGCAUGCCCGCUGCAAGAACCCUGUUGCCACCUGCCCCCCUUUCUCUCUCUUUACUCCCCACCAGUGCCCUGAGCCAAAACAGAGGCGCCAGGCGCCAACUAACUUUACCUCGCGGCUGACCCGUAGGGCGGCCUUUCCGAAGUAUGGAGGGGUGGACGGUGGAUGCUUUGAUAGACACCUUAUAUUCAGCAGGUUUCGUCCAAUUUCUGUGUUCCGGGAAGCAAAUGAGGAUGAAAGUGGCUUUACCUGCUGUGCAUUCUCUGCACGGGAGCGAUUCCUAAUGCUGGGCACUUGCACUGGGCAGCUGAAGCUCUACAAUGUUUUCAGUGGGCAGGAGGAGGCCAGUUACAACUGCCAUAACUCUGCCAUCACACACCUUGAGCCAUCCAGGGAUGGAUCUUUACUGCUAACAUCUGCUACGUGGAGCCAACCGUUGUCUGCGCUGUGGGGGAUGAAAUCUGUCUUUGACAUGAAGCAUUCCUUCCCAGAUGAUCACUAUGUGGAGUUCAGCAAGCACUCUCAGGAUAGGGUCAUUGGCACAAAAGGGGACAUUGCUCAUAUCUAUGAUAUUCAGACUGGCAACAAGCUAUUGACUCUGUUUAACCCAGAUCUUGCCAACAACUACAAGAAGAACUGUGCCACCUUUAACCCCACAGAUGACCUUGUCCUAAAUGAUGGGGUGCUCUGGGAUGUCCGCUCUGCACAGGCCAUCCACAAGUUUGACAAAUUCAACAUGACCAUCAGUGGAGUUUUUCAUCCUAAUGGGCUAGAGGUCAUAGUCAAUACAGAGAUUUGGGAUCUUCGAACGUUCCAUUUGCUGCACACGGUACCAGCAUUGGAUCAGUGCCGUGUAGUCUUCAACUACACUGGCACAGUUAUGUAUGGAGCUAUGUUGCAGGCGGAUGAUGAAGAUGACCUACUGGAGGAGAGGAUGAGAAGCCCCUUUGGGUCAUCCUUCAGGACAUUCAAUGCAACGGACUAUAAACCUAUAGCCACCAUUGAUGUAAAACGGAAUAUCUUUGAUUUGUGCACGGACAGCAAGGAUUGCUAUUUGGCUGUUAUUGAGAAUCAAGGGAGCAUGGAUGCCAUGAACAUGGAUACAGUUUGCAGGCUCUAUGAGGUAGGCAGGCAGCGUUUGGCAGAAGAUGAAGAGGAUGAAGAGGAAGAUCAGAAGCCUAUGGAGGAGGAAGAACAAGAGGAAGAGGAUGAUGAUGAAGAUGAUGAUGAUACAGAUGACCUUGAUGAACUAGACACUGACCAGCUGCUGGAGGCCGAGCUGGAGGAGGAUGAGAACAAUGAGAAUGCUGGUGAGGAUGGAGACAAUGAUUUCGCUCCCUCUGAUGAUGAGGAGCUCGCCAACUUGCUGGAAGAGGGGGAUGAAGGUGAAGAUGAGGAUUCUGAUGCAGAUGAGGAAGUUGAGCUGAUCCUUGGCGAUACUGACAGCUCAGAUAACUCUGACUUGGAAGACGACAUAAUCUUGUCUCUGAAUGAGUGAGGAGUGACCACCACGCAGGGUGUUGGCAUCAAGAGAAGUUCCCUUCCCAGAAGACAAGAGACCAACUCGGAAGCAAUUUCUGAGCACCCCUUGGGACAUCCAAGGAACUCCAGCCCAUCAGUUGUGUUGGUUUGGGUCAGAUUGAGGCGCUUGAAUAAACAGACCGGGGUUAGGCCUCUUUCUCUCUGCCUUUUUUUUUUUUUUUUUUUUAAUUUUUAAUUUUAGGCUGAGAUGAGACUCUCCUCUCCACGGAAACGUCUGAAGCUAUUUCAGAAUAUAUUUUCUUUGUACAAAGUUCUUUCCUAAAGAACAAAAAUAGUUUUAUAUAAAACCAAAAAAAGGAAAAAAAAAAAAAAGGAAAAGAAAAAAAAAGGCAGGUGUUAUAGUAAAAAGGGUCUGAACUUUGUAUCAAUCUAGUAUCUUGUUACCACGGGUCAGGUUAUGGGGGAGAAAAAUUGUUUAAAAUUAACAAAAGGGCCAUUUUUACCGAGUACUAAAUGAAAUAAGAGGAUCAUGGUUUCUAAAAUCACCAAGAAUUGAGAAUUUUUUUUAAACAGGUGUUACACAAGCUAGCAGCAGAUGGCAUGUGUCACCUGCCUUUAGGGAAAAGCCCAAGGGGGUAACUGAACCUCCAGCCUGUUUUAAGCAGAGGUUCUUGCUGUGACAGCAGCCAGAGGGGGAGGCUGACACCCUGGUAUUCAUGGAGACAAGGGGCUCUGGGAUUGCAGUUUGGGCCCUUUUUUCCCCUUGUGAUUCAAGUUUUUUUAAUCUUUUUUUCUCCCUUUCACACCCUCUGUGGAAACUGCAAAUUGAAGGCCUUUCUUUAAUGUAAAGUGUAUUUAUUAAAAAAAAUAAAAUACAAGUCCUGUCUCUA